AUGGAAAACAGCAUGCAUCCAGUCCAGCAGGAGCCAACCGAGAAAGCCAUGGACUCGACUCAAAAUACAGAAAAAGCAAGGGAUCCGGAGAGUCAGACUGGCAAGACGACCAACGAAGUGAGUCCAGGAAGCGAGGAAAAUCAGGAAGCCUCUAGUGGUCGCCCGAGCAUGUCCGGACUACGCCUCAACAUUGUGGUCUUUGGCCUCUGGAUUUCGCUCUUCCUCGCCGCUUUGGACAGUACGAUCAUCUCGACUGCCCUCUUUGACAUCUCCAACAGCCUCAACGAGACCAGCAAGUCUGCUUGGGUCGUGACAUCGUACCUCCUAACCUACAAUGCAUUCGUCCUUCUCAUCGCCAAGCUGAGCGAUCUCGUCGGACUCAAGCCCCUCCUCCUCGGGUCGAAUCUGGUCUUUCUCGUUUUUUCCAUUGCUUCGGGUGUUGCCAGGACGAUUGAUCAAUUGAUUGUGUUUCGAGCGUUCCAGGGAAUCGGCGCAUCCGGCCUUUACUGCCUCGUUUUCGUCGCGAUCCUCCAACUCAUCUCCCUCGAAAAGGCCGGACUAUACUCUGGCGUCAUCAGUUCAGUCUUUGCGCUUUCGAACCUGCUAGGUCCUAUACUGGGUGGUGUAAUCGUAGACAAUACAACUUGGCGAUGGAUAUUCUACAUCAACAUCCCCUUCGCCGCCAUCGCGACCGUGCUCCUGGGAGUCGCAAUUCCCGUGUCGGAUGAUAUCAGGUUUAAUCGCCAAGCCUUCAAGAGACUAGACUAUGUUGGCUCGUUUCUGUCGAUAUGCUGGUUGAUACCGCUUCUCUUCGCCCUCCAGGAAGGUGGAACCUACUAUGCUUGGGACAGUAGCGAGGUAAUUGGUACUUUGGUCGGGGGGAUUGUGGCUCUGAUCGUGUUUCUCGCCUACGAAGCGUGGCUCCAGCGACGAAGGGACAGCGCCAGAGAGCCAAUAUUUCCCAUCAGAUUCGUCCGCGACCCUCUGCAAGGCCUGUUGCUGCUAAACGUGCUAUUCACCGGGUUCGCCUUCUACACCUCGAUAAUAAACCUCCCCCAACGCUUCCAAGCCGUCAACGAGGUCAGCGCCUCUCGAGCCGGUGUUCUCCUCCUCACUAUGACGCUUAUUCUCCCGUUUUUCUCGCUGGUCGCUGGCGCACUCACCGCCAAAGCGCCACAGACGGCCUUCACCCUCCUAACCUUCGGAACUGUGUUAGUCCUUACCUCCACGGCCUGUUUCAGCGUCCUUCCCGACGACCACGCAGUUGCGGAUCGGCAAUAUGGCUUUGAAGUCCUCAUGGGUGCGGGUCUCGGUAUUAUCUCGACGACGCAGUACGUCAUACUGAAGAUGACAUUCCCCGCGCGCGAUAUGGCGGCCGGCACCGGUGCGAUGAAUAUGCUUCGUGCAAUGGGCGGGUGUAUAGGAUUGGCGAUUUGCGCGGCGAUGUUGAGCUCUCGCCUUGAUGAUGAGCUCGCGGCCGUUCUGCCUGGAAGAAGCCCGGACCAAAUCCAGCUCGCCAAGAAUUCGCUGCAUGGUGAAACCAAUGGGUUUAGCGCUGAGGAGAUUGCUGGUGUGCGUCGCGUCUAUGGUCGGGGGUAUAACGAUGGGUUCCAGGUCAUGAUUGCGUUUGCGGGGGCCAACGUUGUUGUUGCAGGGCUUUUGUUUCUGGCCACAUGCCGCCGGGGAGGCAUAGGUCGCGUGGUUGCGGAUGCUAAAGCGGCCGAGGCGAGACGUCCAGCCGCAGGGUAA